GUUGAGUUCAUGGAGCCAGCUUUUUGUAACCUGCUUUUCCAACAAUUUCUAAGAAGGAAAAGGAGCUCCUAAAUCUAAGAAGAUGCCUCGAACGAAGCAGAUUCAUCCCAGAAAUCUCAGAGAGAUGUGGCUUUGUUUAUUUAUGGUGAUCUGAGGUCCUGGAACAUGUCGCAGUCCUGUUAUGAUACAGAUGCUGUUUUUGCCUGCUGUUGUACCCUGCAGAGGAUUUCUGAUUCUGGGAAGAACUAAGAAAGAAGAUAGGUUGGUGGUAGAAAUACGAGGAACAGACAAAAUUGAAGAAGCACAAAAAGAGCUUAAUGGUGCAGAAGUUUCCAAAAAAGAAAUCUUAGAGGCUGGUGUUAAAGGAACUUCCGAAUCCCUCAAAGGUGUGAAACGCAAAAAGAUUGUUGCUGAGAAUCACCUGAAAAAAAUACCCAAAUCCCCCCUGAGAAAUCCUCUUCAGACGAAACACAAACAAAAUGUGGAAGCAUCAUCAUUCGCUGUUCCACAGAGUACUUCAGAGUCUCACAAGAAACACAACUGUGUUCCUAUUAAAAACAGGAAGCAGCUUACCAGGCAAAAUGGGGAGACACCUGGGGUAACUGCUGAGGCCUCAAAAUCCGAAGACUCUGCCUCCCCAAACAAGACCUCGUCUCCCCACCAUCCGUCAGAACUGCGGAGAUGGAGGUCCGAGGGCUCCGACCCAGUCAGGCUCAGUGUCCUUGAUGGACAGCGGGACUCAAGCUCCUCACCCAGUCGAAGCAGGACUGACAACAGUGAAUGUAUUCCUCCUUUUGGUAGCGCCACAUCCCCUUCCUAUACACGUACCGCAUUUGAUGUCUUACUGAAGGCGAUGGAGCCAGAACUGAGCACCUUGUCACAAAAGGGCUCAUCUUGUGCAAUGAAGAUAGAAAAACUGAGACCAAAUAAAACUGCACAGUCCCCUUCUAAAGUAACGAACAGUUCCUUAGAUACCCCAGAUCACAUUUCCCAAGAAUUUGUUGCCGUAUCACAAUGUUCUCCUUGUACCUCACACCCAGUACACGUGGCCUCCACUCUGAAAAAUGAGCAAGCGGCAGCUCAGCCUGUAUCUCAUCCAUACAUCCCACAAGACCACCUUGUUUCCAAACCUACCCAACACAGUCAGCAGCUUCCAGGGCAUUCAGGCUUCACAGGAUCGUUGACGAAUCUACAAACUCAUGAGAACGCCAAACUUGAACCAGUUUAUAAUAUAGCAAUGACGUCAACUAUAGGUCUCACAUCUUCUAGUAGAACUCAGGUUACUCCAAACCAGCAAAUGGAUUCUGCCUCACCUUUGUCAAUAAGCCCUGCCGGUUCCACACAGUCACCCCCAGGGCCAAUUUAUAAUUCAACUCAUGUUGCUUCUGUUGUCAAUCAAAGUGUUGAACAAAUGUGCAAUCUUCUUCUGAGAGAUCAGAAGCCAAAAAAACAAGGCAAAUAUAUCUGUGAGUAUUGCAAUAGAGCUUGUGCAAAGCCUAGCGUGCUUCUAAAGCAUAUCCGCUCCCACACUGGAGAGCGGCCCUACCCCUGUGUGACUUGUGGAUUUUCAUUUAAGACUAAAAGUAAUCUGUAUAAGCACAAAAAAUCCCAUGCACAUACUAUCAAACUGGGUCUUGUCUUACAACCAGAUGCUGGUGGUUUGUUCUUGUCCCAAGAGUCCCCCAAAGCACUUGGCAUUCAUUCAGAUGUUGAAGACAGUGGGGAGAGUGAGGAGGAGAGCGCUGGAGACGGGAGGCAGAAUGACCCGGGUGCCAUGGAUCUACAGCCUGUGCAGAUAAUGAAGUUAUCAAAUCCAGAAGCUCUAUCCAAAUCUGUACCAAGCAAUCCAGAUCAUGUGGUUGGUGGCUUCUCAGCGCAGGACAGACCUUCUGAAUCACAAGCCCUGAUAGAGUUACCAAAAGUUGUGAUCCACCCAGUCACUGUGUCCCCCUUAAGAACUGACAGUCCAAGGGUGGUCAAUCCUAAGCCUGAACUUCCUGGCAUACAGCGGCAGAAGGACCCUCAUGUUGCAAACAUACUGCCACAUUCAGCUGGUGUGUCCUCUCUAGAGACUGAAGAGAAGGCCCAUGAAAAAGGGGACAUGAAUCAGCCAGAAGGGAAGCAAGAUUCUCAUGGUGGAACGGCACAUGCUCAACUCCAAAGGCAGCAGGCAACGGAUGACCCCCAGGAGCAGCAGGGAAAACUGCUCCUGAGUCCUCGGAGCUUAGGAAGUACAGACUCUGGCUACUUUUCACGUUCUGAGAGUGCUGAUCAAGCAGUGAGUCCACCGACUCCCUUUGUCAGAAACUUUCCCACCAUGGACUCAGACCCAGCUAAGAGCAGCGGACCCCCUGCCCCUCGGAUCAGUACCCCAGCACCCUCUGCUUUGCCUACAGGGGAGAAGCCAUCGUUCUUACCAGGUCAGAUGCGCCCACCCUUGGCAACUAAAACUCUGGAGGAAAGGAUUUCAAAGCUAAUCUCAGACAAUGAGGCGCUGGUUGAUGACAAGCAAUUGGAUAGCGUAAAGCCCCGGAGAACCUCUCUUUCCAGACGAGGAAGCAUUGACUCCCCCAAAUCAUACAUAUUUAAAGAUUCAUUCCAGUUUGACCUAAAACCAAUGGGACGGAGAACCAGUUCCAGCUCUGAUAUACCAAAGUCCCCAUUCACCCCUACUGAGAAGUCAAAGCAAGUGUUCCUCCUGUCUGUUCCUUCCCUAGACUGCCUGCCUAUUACAAGAAGUAACUCCAUGCCAACGACAGGGUAUUCAGCAGUCCCUGCGAGUAUCAUUCCUCCCCCUCACCCUUUGAGAGGAAGCCAGUCAUUUGAUGAUAAAAUCGGCACCUUCUAUGAUGAUGUCUUCAUGCCAGGACCCAACACUUCCAUCCCCACAAGUGGACACCACCAUCCGCUGGUCAGGCAGGCAGCAGUGGAAGAUGCUUCAGCCGUUGAGAAUCAUGUUCUGGGUUCUGGGCAGUAUGUGGAUGAGAGCUGUCAGGGAUGCCCAGCCACCAAUGAGUCGGGGCCAGCCCGGAGCAAAGCAGCUCAAGCCCCUCACCUGGAGAAGAAGAAGUCUCAUCAGGGCCGAGGGACCAUGUUUGAGUGUGAAACUUGUCGAAAUAGGUACCGAAAACUGGAGAAUUUCGAGAACCAUAAGAAAUUUUACUGUUCAGAGUUGCAUGGGCCCAAAACAAAGGUAGCUGUGAGAGAGCCUGAGCACAGCCCUGCAGCUGGUGGGACACAGCCCCAGGUUCUCCACUACAGAGUUGCAGGUCCCACGGGUGUGUGGGAGCCGACAUCCCAGAUAAGAAAAAGGAGGAAGAUGAAGAGUGUGGGAGACGAUGAGGACCUGCAGCCACGCGAAAGUGGGACUUCUCCAAGAAGCUCCGAAGGCCUUCAGCUUCAGCCCACCCUGGGCUCUGCACCCAGCCCAUCUAAACACCCCACUGCCAUGACAGGUGACCAGGUACACAGAAGCAUCCAGCUGCAGAGCUCUCAGGUUCAGCUUGUUCCCCGGGGCCCAGAACAGGCCCUGGACCUUAAGCCAUGUCCCAUGGUUGAGCCACAGCCUAGUUUGGCGACCCAGGAGAAGGUAGAGGUAAAGAGACAAGGGUCUGGCGUCUCUGUCAUCCAGCAUACCAACUCCCUGAGCAGGCCCAGUUCACUUGACAAGCUGGAGCCUCUGGAAGGCGGUGCCGCCAUCUCUUUCCAGGAGCCGAGUAGAACCGGAAAAGCUGGGGCUCUGCAAGUGGUGGGAAUCUCCCCAGAGGAAGGUCACCCAACUCGGGAUGCCAUGCACCUUCACCAGCCUACACCAUCAGACGCCCUUAGAGGAGAGUUCCAGGAAAGUUCCCGAAAGAUUCCAAGUGAGCGUCAUGUGUUAGGACAGCCCUCCAGGCUUGUCCGGCAGCACAACAUCCAAGUCCCAGAAAUCCUGGUGACUGAAGAGCCGGAUCGAGACCUGGAAGCCCAGGGUCAUGAUGAGGAAAAGUCCGAGAAGUUCAGCUGGCCUCAGCGUAGUGAAAGCUUGUCAAAGCUGCCAACAGAGAAGCUACCACCCAAAAAGAAGAGGCUGCGGCUGGCAGAGAUGGAGCAUUCCUCCACUGAGUCCAGCUUUGAUUCCACGCUCUCCCGGAGCCUCAGCAGGGAGAGCAGCUUGUCCCAUGCGUCCAGCUUCUCAGCCUCUUUAGACGUAGAGGACAUUUCUAAAGCAGAGGUGUUCCCCAAAAUUGAUUUUCCAAGUAAAGCAGAGUUUCUUUCUAUUCCACCGGGCUCAAAUACACUGAGUGUCCCUGGAAGUCACCGGGAAAUGAGGCGUGCUGCAUCGGAGCAGAUCAGUUGCAUGCCCACAUUGAUGGAGGUCUCCGAUUUCAGAAGUAAAUCGUUCGACUGUGGGAGCAUGACUCUGCCCCAGGCAGCAGCACUUGUUGAAUCACAGCCUUCCACAUCCCUUUCCAGUGUAGGGGGCACUGGACACGUGCCUCUUUUAGAAAGGAGGCGAGGCCCCCUGAUCCGGCAGAUAUCUUUAAACAUAGCUCCCGAUAGUCAUCUGUCUCCUGCCAACCCAUCUUUCCAAAAUAUUGUCCUUCCCUGUGUGAACACAGUGCCAUUCCAGGGUCCUAGGCUCUCUGACCCGUCUCCGGUUGAGUUUCCUGCACACACCUUGCACUCCCGGACGCCAGCUAAAGAUCUACAGGCAGAAAUGUCAAGUUCCAGCUCUACUGACAUCUUUGCUCCUCAACAGCUUUUUGGCAUCAACUUGUUAAAUCAAACCCCUACACCCCUUAGUCACCAAAACACACUGCUGCCUCUGCCACCGUCUGCACAGGAUGUCAAAGCAGGUGCGCAUCCCAUGGUGUGUGCGUCUUCUGCAAACCAGGACUGCUUUGCUCCCAAGUACCAGCUUCAGUGUCAGGCUUUCACUUCUAAUCCUCUGAAUCCUUUGCCUAAUCAAGUUCUUCCAGAUUCAGCUGGAGCAGGUCAGUGUGUGGUUUCAGUAGCACCAUCAACCAAACUAGUAGAUCCCGAGGCUAAGCCGUGCCCUCGGCCAGCACUGGCACUUGUGCCACCCAGUAAUGAGGUGCAGAAGGGGCUGUCUUCCUUCCUGCUGCCCAUGCACCAGCACAGUGAUGUCGCCAUGUAUUGCUUUGCCGCUGUCACCUCCCUGCCACAAAUCUUAGUGACCCAUGAUCUGUCCAACACGCCAGUUUGCCAGACUAAUCAAAGUGUAGUGCCAAUCAGCGAAGAACAAAAUUCCAUGCCAGAACCACACAACCGUGUCCAGGAUGCAUUGCCAACACCAGAGAAAGAACUUGCAUGCAAAAGUGUUCUCUCAGGGCUGGGCCAAAAUGCUUCUGUUUCGGAUUCCUUGCCCGUAAUUCAGAAGAUGUCUGUUGGUAGACUCUCCCCACAGCAAGAAUCUUCAGCUUCAAGUAAAAGGAUGCUUUCCCCAGCAAACAGUUUAGACAUUGCCAUGGAAAAGCACCAGAAGCGAGCUAAAGAUGACAGCGGAGCUGUUUGUGCCACAAACAUGAGACCCUCGGAGCCACCAAGCUCCAGAGCUAGCGAGGGCGCUAAGCAGAGGAAGCCAGUGUUGGUGAGGCAGCUUUGUACUACAGAGCCCCUCGAAGGAGUGAUACUGGAGCAGGAUGCUCUUUCUCAGUCUGAAAGUAACAAGGAGCCUGGGACUGCUAAUUUGACACCAGGACCCUCCAAGUUUAUAGUCACAGAACCUGUCAGUGAACUGCAAGAGUCUGAAAGCUCCAAGUCAUCCAUGUCUUUGACGCUUCCAGUGCAAAAUUCACCUGUCCCUUCAGAAAGUGUCCCUGUUUCGCCUUUGAAAUCUUCAGACAGUAACAAGGAAAGGGGGUCCCCAGGGGUUAAAAAUCAAGGUGACAAGGUGGGCAUCCAGGGGCAGAGUCAGCUCCUGACUCCUGGCCUUUCACUGUUCAGCAGUGCAGACACGCAGCAGCCAUCAUACCCCAGCCUCAAGACUGCAACGAGCUUUACUUGGUGUUACCUGCUAAGACAGAAGUCAUUGCCUUUGCCUCAGAAUGACCAGAAAAUUUCAGCCUACACCGAGUGGACAGUGAGCGCCAAUAACCCAAAUCCACUUGGUUUGCCUACAAAAGUUGCCCUUUCCCUCCUUAAUUCAAAGCAGAAGACUGGAAAAUCACUAUAUUGUCAAGCAAUAACCACCCAUUCAAAAUCAGAUUUAUUGGUCUAUUCAAGCAAGUGGAAAAACAGCUUAAGCAAGAGAGCAUUAGGUAAUCAGAAGUCCACAAUAGAAUUCAGCAAUAAAGAUGACUCUGAAAUUAACAGUGAGCAAGAUAAAGAAAACUCCUUAAUCAAAAGUGAACCAAGAAGAAUUAAAAUAUUUGAUGGAGGAUAUAAGUCAAAUGAAGAGUAUGUAUAUGUCCGAGGCAGGGGAAGAGGAAAGUACAUUUGUGAAGAAUGUGGAAUACGUUGUAAGAAACCUAGUAUGUUAAAGAAACACAUCCGGACGCACACAGAUGUUCGCCCCUACCACUGUACAUACUGUAACUUCUCCUUUAAGACUAAAGGAAAUCUGACAAAACACAUGAAGUCCAAGGCACAUAGCAAGAAGUGUGUGGAUUCAGGCGUCUCAGUAGGCUUGAUAGAUGAACAAGACACAGAAGAAUCAGAUGAAAAGCAAAGAUUCAGUUAUGAGCAGUCUGGAUAUGACCUUGAAGAAUCUGAUGGUCCAGAUGAGGAUGAUAUUGACAAUGAAGAGGAUGAUGAGGACAGUCAGGCAGAAUCUGGCCUGUCCGCAGCACCCUCGGUCACAGCCAGCCCACAGCAUCUUCCAUGCAGAAAUGGCCUUCAGGAUCCUGGGAGUGGGGAAGAGGACCUCAGGGUUCCUGACUGUUUCUUGGGGGUACACACGGACCCAAUGGACAUUCUGCCUCAAGCUUUACUCACCAAGAUGACUGUUCUGAGCACAGUACAGACGGACUCCAGCAGGACAGACUCACCAGCAAAGGCCAGGCAGCAUGCAGCAAAAGACGAGGAUGGAAUAGCUCCUUCUGUAGAUACCUCCAGGUCCCCCGAAGCCGCCCCCAGGUCCCCUUGUCAUCAGAUGUCUGUGGAGUACCCUGAAUCUGAAGUUUUGAGAAGUCCUUUGGCUGGAAAGGCUGUCACUUCACAGGAUUUGCCAUCUGUGAGACUGCCUCCUGCUGUCGCCCAGCUCGGCCCUCAGCCGACAGCCUCCCCGCGUCCUGAUAGUCAAGAACAGAAGCAGCAAAUAACCUUGCACCCGCCUCCAGGCUUGCCCUCCCCACAGACACAUUUGUUCAGCCACCUCCCCUUGCAUUCCCAGCAGCCAUCCAGGACCCCUUACAACAUGGUUCCCGUGGGGGGAAUCCACGUGGUGCCUGCCGGCCUCACUUACUCCACGUUUGUACCCAUUCAGGCCGGGCCAAUGCAGCUUACCAUCCCUGCGGUGAGUGUCAUUCAUAGAACCGUGGGCACUCCCGGGGAUACCGUCACGGAAGUUUCUGGCACCACAAAUCCCUCCGCGGGAGUGGCCGAAUUGAGCAGCGUUGUGCCAUGCAUCCCCAUUGGCCAAAUCCGCGUGCCGGGCCUGCAGAGCCUCAGCCCCCCGGGCCUGGCGCCGCUGGGCAUGGAGACCGUGAACCUCGUGGGCCUGGCCAACGCCAGCGUGGGCGCGCAGGUGCACCCCCCGGGCCUGGCCCUUGGCGGCGUGGGGCCUCUCAACGUGGGGCUGCAGGUGCUGGCCAGGGCCCCGGCGCAGAGCAGCCCCGCCCCGCAGGCGCACCUGCCGGGCCUGCAGAUCCUCAACAUCGCCCUGCCAGCCCUCAUCCCCACAGUCAGCCCGCUGGCCGUGGGCGCCCCUGCGGCUCCCGACACCCCGGGUCCCGGCUGCAAAGGCCAGGAGCCAGAAGGCCCUCAGGAGGCCACGGCGCCCCGCCUACAGGCGCUCUCGGCUGACCCCGCAGGGUCCGAAGGCCCGAGCAAAACGGACUCCAGGAAGGCUCACCCUGCGAGUCAUAUGCUGCCCGGACUCCCCUCUGCUCAGGCGCAGCCGGUGCCCACGCAGGACGCUCUGCGCACGGCCCCUGCUUCCGGCCCCCAGGCUCCCCCUGCAGACAGACCUGCCAGGCCCUCCGCUGCCCGGCAGCACACUGUGCACUUCAGCGACGUGAGCAGCGACGACGAUGAGGACAGGCUUGUCAUCGCAACCUAGGGGUUUAUUUUCUAUUGAUUUUUUUUUUUUAAUAACACAGGUUUCUUUGAAAAACCUUAAAGCACAUUUUUCUGACAUAAACUCAUGACUAAUCUUUGUGCAAUCAUGAACUUUUGACCAAUAAUUGUUGUUAUGUGUCAGCUCCAGCCAUUUUUGUACAUGUUGUAUAGACAAUUGUGCCUUUUAGGAGUUUUAUGUUUAGAAACUGUACAGAUUGUUGAAUAUAUACAUACAAAUGUGUUCUAUAUGUAUAUGAAAACCAGGUAGCUAUUUGUGUUCAGUAAGAUCCCGUCAAAUAAAUGAUUAAAUUAUAUGUUGCACUGUUAAAUAUAAAUUUUUAUGGCUGUGGGGCAGAAUUUCUGUGUAUAAAUUAGUAUGUAAACCCCAUAUUUAUUGUAUUCAUAUAGUCUUUGCAAAUGGAUCUGUCCUUCUUGUGUAAGACAGUAACUUCACACUUCAGACAGAUUUUCUGUGUUAUGAAAUGUUUCAGUAAAACUGACUU